AUGGUAAAACCCAACGGGAACGAUCCUGGGAGAGCUUCGGAGAGCGACUGGGAGAUGGAGCAGAUGGAUGGAUCCACCCCCGGCCACGGCGAUGGGCGACUCUUCGUCCAAGAAAGUCUCUACGUGUGUUCCUACUGCGAGAAACGCUUCCAGGAGCGGGCGGAGCUCGGGUCGGAGCUCGUUUGCCACCAGCGGUUGCAUGGAGAUGGGAAGACUUUGAGAUGCUGGGAGUGCGGGAAGGAGUUCGGGAAGAGCUCGGACCUCAGCUCCCAUCGGAAAAGCCACGUGGUGGAAAAACCCUACCAGUGCUUGACGUGCCAGAAGUUCUUCAGGGACAGGUCCACCCUCAUCCGGCACGAGAGGGUCCACACCGGGGAGAGACCCUACGGGUGCUCCGAGUGCGGGAAGAGGUUCACCCGCAGCUCCGACAUCGUCGUCCACCAACGGAUUCACACGGGGGAGAGACCCUACGCCUGCCGCCAGUGCGGGAAGACCUUCGCCCGGAGGUCGGAGCUCACCGUCCACCAGCAGACCCACACCGAGGAGAAACCCUACCGGUGCUCCCGCUGCGAAAAAUCCUUCCGCGGGAGGUACGGGCUCUUCCGGCACGAGCGGUCGCACACGGGGGAGAAACCCUACGAGUGCGGUGAGUGCGGGAAGAGCUUCGGGCAGAGCGGGGACCUCAUCACCCACCAACGCUUCCACACGGGAGAGAAGCCCUACCAGUGCUCCCAGUGCGGGAAGUUCUUCUGCAACAAAUCCAGCCUCGUUAAGCACCAGAAGUGGCAUUCCGGGGAGAAGCCCUACAAGUGCCACGAGUGCGGGAAGAGCUUCGGGCAGAGCUCGGACCUCAUCGCCCACCAGCGGACGCACAGCGGGGAGAAGCCCUACCCCUGCGCCCAGUGCGGGAAGAGGUUCACCAGGAAAUCCAGCCUCGUCGUCCACCAGCGGGGACACGGAGGACGGAGAAGUGGAGAACUCUCGAAACGUGGGAAGCGCUUGGAGGAAGACUCCAGCGCUGACACUCACGCGAGCACGG